UCAUUCAUUUUUGUGUAGCUGGGGGAUGUUACGUAAAAUUUUGUGUCCUCUAACCUAUAGGCGGGACUUAAUUUGCAUAUUUAAUGAGGACAAAUGCCGAUCAGCUGGUAGACGAACUUAUAAACAUUGCAGAUAUUUGCUUAAUUCAUGGAUUUUUGCAAUAGAUAUGUGAAAAAUACGAUUUUAAUAAAUAUUGACAGAUAUUUAGCAAUGUAACUGCAGGUAGGAACAUUUUUCGCCAGCAUGAGUAAAAUAGGUCACGAACUUCCCCGGUAAACACCACAUAUAGGUGGCGCAACUCAAAUACCGCGAAAUUAGUGAUGACGCGAGAUUAGUGAUGUUGAGUAGUACGAAAUUUUAUCACGAAACGCAGCAAAGACUUUUGGAUAUUGGCUAAAUAUUUUUCUAGGCCGACUGAAGUUUUGAAUAAUGUAAAAUGUAUAGAAAUUGCUAUUACUGGAAUUUUAUGAAUCGUUUUUGGAAUAAAAUGGGUACAGUGAAAACGUAUUCGAUUCUAAUGUAUUUCGUAUUGUUAACGAUACAUACAUGCGAUAGUGCCACAGUCAAGCAGACGCAAGAAUAUCAAAACUUGCCCGACCGUCAAAAUCAUGAUGAUGAGGUAUACGCUUCAGCCACGGCUAAGGAGGAUAAAUAUUUGUAUGAUACAUCAGUCAGGCCGAAAAGCGAACUGCAACAUACCACAACAAAAGUAGGAAUGAACACAAACGAUUCUGAAAUAAUGAAAAUACUGUAUUUCACUGAACAAAGAAAGAAAAAUAAAGGAAGCUCUGAUAUUGUUGAUAUAGGCGGAAACACGGAGUCCAGGCAAAAACAUCUGGUGAACCAGACAGCUGACCCUAACAAAAAUACCAGGAACCACAACAUAAAGGAAUAUAUGCAUACUAACCCUCUUGUAAAACAAAAUGUUCACCAUUUCAGCAAUAAGAUUUUAGACAUUAAUGAUUUAAGUGAGACAUCUUAUAAAAAGUUGAAAGCAGAAUUUUCAGGGGCAAGUCAACAUAUAAGAAAAACUGAUAAACAUGUUGGAACACCACAAAAUGCCCUUACACAUAGCAAAAGUCAAAGAACACACUCGCGAUUUAAAUGCAAUAUCGAAGUGCUAGAGAGAAGCAAAACAAAAUUUCAUUCGCAACUGAUAUCAAGAGAUCCGAAUUUCAUCCAGUUUAAUUUAACAAUUUGUGAUUCAGAAUCUGCUCGUACGGGUUUUACCAGUGAUGUUUUCCAAGGCCAUAGAUGGUUUUGGACGUACAAUGCAUCAUCAGGACCAUACCCUUUUCUAUCGUGGAAUCUGGACUACGGUAUACUCUCUUUCCAUCUACUUGAAGCAAAAACUAUAAAUAUUCCGUAUGUGAGCAUAAAGUUAAAAUCACCAGAUUCAAGAUUUGGGUGUGAUUUCACAUUUGGAGAUUACAAAACAUCUCUAGCAGUAACCGCCGCUCUGAUACCGUUAAUAAAUGUGACAGAAGGUGGUGAUUACAUCAAAUAUCCCGAAAGUUAUUUUUGUUAUCUAACAACACGGCAAGAAUAUUUUGGGUCAGUACACUAUUGGGCAGCCGUUUAUCUCUAUUACCCGAUUAGUUUCGUACAUUAUAAAUGUUGUUCUGCGUCAUUGAACUAUACAAGUGGCGAGUACGACAAAAAAUGCCAAGGCAAUGAAAAACAUAUUGCAGGAGUUCACUCGUGGACAGUCACAAAAACCCUACCCUACCUCUUAGGUGUAUUGUUUCUUUUGUACUUUCCGGUCAUGUUUUUCAAAAUCGCUGCAUGGUUGGCGAAAGAAGAGCGUAUUUAUGAGGACCUGGUUAUGGUUGAAAUGGCAGACGACAUUGAAUGUUUAGAGUUUUUAGACGAUUGCUGGAAAUUUGCUGAUGGACAGUCUCCACUCACGUUAGGUGACCUGCUUAGCUUCAAAACUCUUGGACUGACCCGCCAUCCUGUGAUUGUUUCAAGAUUACGAAGACUUCUUUUUGUGCUAUCAUUUCCGAUAUUCAUCUACAUACAGCUUGCCAUGUACACGGAAGGUUUUGGGCAAUGGAGAAGUAAAAUCACUGUGAAAGAUCUUGUGAAAGUUGGAACUCCUAUGGGAUUUUUGGCUCUUCUGGCUGAUGCAGACGACAGGAGACGUGUAUUCGUUCCAAUACUUGGUGGUCCUGUUGGUGUUGUUACAAUAUAUUAUACAUUAAGUCUUUUAUUCAUUGCCCUGCCAAGAAGCGUGAAACAAGUUGUCGAAGCUGGAUUGCCGUCUUCAAAUUUAGUAAUAAAUUCACCUCUUUUCUUUGGAACAUCAGAAAUUAUUCAAAUGUCAAUGAUCAAUGUUAAAGCUCGCGACUUGAAACCUGGUUACACAAAAGCGUCAACAUUGAUGAAAUGCAGGUUUUAUAUGUUAUUCACGCGACUUUUCUGGAAAGAGUUAUGGAACAUUCAAACUGAAAGAAUCACUACUUUCCUGAGACCAACCUCUACAUGCUGUCGUGUUCUGUUGCUCCCUUUAUUUCUUCCGUUCUAUGUUAUAUUUUGCGCAACUGAAGUUAUUUGCUGUAUCGUUUUCCAUGGUAUACCGUUUUGUACGUUUGUUUCUGGUAUGCUAAAUGGUGGGAUUAAAUCUCUGCGUUACUUGAGAGGACAGAGUCUAAUUCUAAAUGCCGUCUUCAGGUAUCGCGGCACCUGUUUCCUCGGAGUUAGUUUUGUUUUCAUUUCAUUUAUGGUUUACAUUUACGUGAUUUCCCUUGUGUUUCUCGUAAGUUUUGGUUUCAUUUCUCAAAUCAUAACUCACUGCUUUGUUGCAAUUAUCAUUUAUCCAUCUGUAUCUUUUGGUUACUUAUUUUUCUUUAUCGUUCUUUUCUACUACUUUAUCAAUUUAGUGAGAGAUUUCGGAGGGGUAUACAUGGAGUUGCUGGCUACUACCGUAGAUAUUUCAAGACAUUUGUCAAACGAGAGUGCAAGGAUUGCAGUGUACAACGGACAACUUACAGUAUCAAAUGUACAAGUAGAGAACAUUGUUGAUGUUCGAAUAAAUGGAGUUUCGUUGCAUGUCCCACUUAAUAUUCUUCGGACUAUUCAAACACAAUCAGCAGUUAGAGUCAAGCAGAGAAAUAGCACAUACGGCAUCCCCAAGGAUUUGUUUGAGUAUAUUGUGAAGAAGCAUCGCCCUGUUCAUCAACAAGUAGUUAUUCUUUGCAUCAAAGCUGUCAUAAUGAUAACCUUUGUCAUACUGACGCUCAGUAUAUCCGCAGAUUAUGUUGCAGGCCCCACAUCAGAGAUUUCAGAAGUUAUGCACGUGAUUUUUAUUGUCGCUGUAGGAGCGCUACCUCAGCUCGUUCAAGCAAUAUUGGCGCGAUCAGACACAGUUCUUGUACGGGAAAUAGAAGAAAGAGAGAUUGAAAAAUCAACUAUUGAAUUUUGGAAUAAAGAGAGUGCCGAUGCACAGAACCAUCGUUGCGUCGAGUUGUCACAAAUAACGGGCAGAUGUACGACACAAGGCCCAAAGGUAUAAUACGAUACGAUCAUACGAGUGUACAGUGUGAAGGUACAAUACUAUACGCAAGGGUUUGACACAAGACAAAACGGCACAUGGGACGCAAAGCCAGUCAGGAUUAAAAGAAAAAUAUUGCACAAACCCUUGCAGAAAAAUUGUGACUUCCAAAAUAAUCAGCAUUACUUUACAUUACUAGAAUAAAAGAAAAUAUAUGGAGCGAAAUGUUGUUCAGCGAGCGUGCUUUUGAUUUCAACCAUGGAGUGCGUUUGAUUUUGGUGAACUUAUUACGUGUUCACACUUCCGUCAGUCUUGGUAGAAACGUAUUUGCAGUGAUUUAGCCCAAUGCAAUUUGCUUAACACAUUUAUAUAACAUUUCAGCCAGCUUACUAUUGUUUUUUUUUUCCAUUUUCCGUACUGUUAGUUUUUGACUUAAAGUGCUAUAUCUCCAUUGUUUCAACAUGUGCACAUUUUCGUUUUCUACUUUUAAAAUGAACAUUACCGAUAGGAACAACACAAGUUUCGUUUCAAGAGAAACACAAAGCGUUUAUGUGCUAUGAAUUAUUCCGACUCAUUUUGGUAUGUAAUCGUUUAUUGUAAAAGUGCGACUUUUUCAUAUUGUAAAGGCUAAUACCAUACUAUAACCUAUUGAAAAUAUACACUAAUAUUAAAAACAGAUGUAGGUGUGUAUGCGUGUGUUCGGGUUUAGCGCCUUUUUCAACAAUUUUUCAGUAACAUAAACGACGGUGUCUACUUGUAGCAGUGGGCACAAUGCCCAAAGAUAUAGUGAGCCUCAUGACAUGAUACCCCACCCAGUCACAUUUUACAGACAAUGGACUGACUAAUCCUAGCACUAUCCUCACAGUGCUGAGCGCCAAGCGAGGAAGCUACUAAAGUGUAGAUGAAUGCGGUUAGAAUAUCCGAACUAAUUAACGACUUCAAACAAUACCAAGUUACAUUGUAUCGCCGUUAAGGAGUCCCUUGAAACACCCCAAAACGUCAACCCCGCCCCAAAUAAAAAUGUACACGUAGAAAAGCUAAUUGAAAUAUAUAAAGUUCAAGAAUAAUAUGUAUUUAUAGUUGUAUCUCACAAACAUUAAACUUUCGUCUUAACAAUUUUCAAAAAUAAACAUAUAAACAUUUCUGACAUGUUCAAAACAAUUUAAACUGAAUUUGCUAUUGAAGCUUGAAGAUUAUUGAAAUUUCUUCAAUUAUUUUUAAAAACGCAUGAAGUCGCAUUUACUUUUUAAAUAAAAAAGAAUGUCUUAUUAAUAAAAUGAUGAAAUAAAUCAAUAAGUUUCAUUGUUUUGUAAAUAUAUGCGUUUU